AUGAAAUUGGGUUUUGAUCCCAAUGAUCUGUCGUUUGUUCUAGCCAUCAGGUCUAUGGCACAAAAUAGUAAAACACUGUGGGAGCAGAAGGUGGAAGCUUUUAGGAGUUUUGGUUUGUCAGACGAUGAGAUUUAUGCUGCAUUCAAGCGGCAACCCUUGUGUAUGACUGUUUCGGAGAAGAAGAUUAAGAAAAUGAUGGGUUUCUUUGUGAACAAAUUGAAGAUGAAGCCUUCUAUGAUCUCCAAUUCUCCAAAUCUUCUACUGCAUAGCUUGGAGAAGCGGAUUAUUCCGAGGUGUUCAGUUAUCCAAGUUUUGAUGUUAACAGGGUUGAUCAAGGAGGAUAUUGGCAUUGUUUAUAUGGUCACAAUGGCCGAGAGGGAAUUCAUGGUGAAAUUUGUGAGCAGUAUCAAAAUGAGGUUCCUGAUGUUGUCAGAGCGCACCAAGGGAAGAUAGAAUUUCAAGGGCUCCCCAUUGCACCAGUGGAGAAGUGAUUGCUUUUGACAUAAUCAAAUGUGACCUUGGCUAUAGAUCCCAAAUGGAAAAAUAAUUUCCGGAGGUGUUUCAGCAGGUUUGUAUGGUAAUCCAUCAAUUUUGCACACAUCAGGCGAGAACUAGAAACUAGUCAAAGCUGAGGUGAACCUUCCAUGCAUACAGUAGAACUUGCCUGCCUUUUUGAUACUGAUAGCUGUAUGAUGCUAUCAAUUUGACAUUACAUUUCAGGAUAAGCAAGCCCUGGCCUUAUAUAUAAGAGCAUUUCUAAUUUAGAGGCAUACUAGGAUGUUUAGGUGUAGGUGUGUGAAGACUGUGAGGCGGCACCUCAUGAUGAUUUUAUCUCAUAUUACUCUUUAGAUCUAAUAUGAGAAAAGCAUGGGAAAUAUCUUUUUUCACUCAUCAUAUGGUGUUUCGGAUUAAUGGUAUUUGUUGACCUCUCUUGAGUAGAUGCCCAAGAUUUGAGUCCAAGUACUUUCAGUUUCAAUCCCCUUACUAACAAAAAAUUAUUUUAUAUACCUAUGCGUGCAGCUUUGGUUCAUUGGCCAUUAACCCUUUAUCGGGGACUUAUAAAAAAUAUUUAAUGAUUAUCAUCAGAAACAAUUUGAUCAUAUGUUUUCAUGUCCUAAAUGCUUUGGGGUUGGGGGGAUUAGUUUUCAUUUAUACUUGCAUUUUUAGCAGUUUGGUCAUAUUGAAUUGGUUGCUCUGUUGCCAAAUAUUGCAGGACCUUUUGUAUAUGUUAUGACAUGUUUAAACUUAUGCAUAUGUUUAUCA